AUGCAACGUGCAACACAUUCUUUAAAGCUUUUUUCACGAGUUACAACAACUUCAGCAAGGCAAUGGCGUUGCCAUUUGCAUACGGUAGCUGCAUCACAACGGGCGACGACCACUUCUCCUAGUAUGGCAGUAUGGGCAGUAGCAGCCGGUUUUGUGGCUACCACAGGUGGCUAUCUUACUUGGAAAAACACCAUGCACAACCCUGUGCUAGCAGAAGCCAAGUAUGCUGGAACCGUUGAAGAGCCAAGUACCAAGUUGUCCUUCCCUAUCAAUUUGCAAACGGACUCGGAUUGGAAACGCUUGGUGGGUCUCGGCCCUCGCACUGUCAGCUUUCUUGGAAUCAAUGUUUAUGUGCUCGGCUUAUAUAUGCGUAGUCAAGAUAUUGGUAUGCUCAAGACGCUAAAAGGUUGGGAGCAAUUUGAUAAGGAGGAAUUUCUAUCAAAAGAAACCAUGGCCAUGACCCUUUUGGAACAGCCCAUGGAUGUCACGAUUCGUAUUGUGCCUGCUCGAGGAACCAACAUGCAGCAUUUAAGGGAUGGAUUUACAAGAUCUUUGCUUCAGCGUAUGCGUGACCAAUCUCAUGACAUGUCAGAAGAAAAGGAACGUGAAGUGAUGAAGGCUAUUCAAGAGUUCAAGAGCCAAUUCCCACUCUCCAAUGUUAAAAAGGGCACUGAAUUCGUAUUUACCAAGACGCGUGAUGGUGGUUUGAAGAUGGAAUACGAGGGCAAGGAUUUGGGUACAGUGAACAAUGCAUGGUUAGCCAAGAACUUUGUCAUGGGAUACCUGAAUCCUACGACACCUGCUAGUGAAGUUGCGAGACAAGACAUUGCCAAAGGAUUCGAUACACUUUUAAACAACAAAGAUCAAUAG